AUGGAGAUCCACUGUGUGCCAAGUGCCCACAAACUAUUGGAUUUGAGGAGCAACCUGGAGGAAAGACAGGUUUCUCCAGGGCUCCCCAGUGCCCCAGCUUUAGCCUGGAGGCCGCCCUCUUCAGACCCUUUCGAUCCGGCUCGCAUUUCCUUCGGUGAAGAGCCAAAGGCCCCGGAAGUGACGUUUGCGCGGCUUGCGUAUCGUGCGAGCGCAGGCGGUACCGAGGGCGGGGCGAGCAGGAGGGUGAGUGUGAGGCGGAAGCGGAUCGCGGAGACCAGAUCUACUCCAGCUGCGCUGGCGGGAGGCUGUUUGGAUGCCGGCGAAGCCGCGGGCGAGGCGCUCGUUGCCGGGAUCUCCAGCGCGGCGGCCGAUCCCCGACGGCCUGACGCGGAGCAUUUCCUGGCUGACUCCCUCUCCAGCGGCUCUCCUCGGCCCAGCUCCCACUUCCCUGUCCAGGACGCAGGCUCUGAAGCAACAUCUCUGGUCGCGCGGGGCCCCUCCCAGGACCUCCCCGGAACGCGCCUGGAUGGGACGCUCGGACCCAGACCACAGCCCCCGGCCGCUGCAGGGGCGUCGGGACUUGGUCCCCCGUCGCCCUGGGGGGACAGAAGCGUCCCGGAGUUGGGAGGGGAUUUGAAGCCUGUUGUCCUGACUUCCACCCCGUGGCUGAGGGCGAGGCUGCGGGGCUGGGAUUAGGAGCAGAAGUCCCUACUUCCGAACCGUCUGGGAGGAGAGCCCAGGGAUGCCCAUCACUGCAGUUUAGGGAGAGAGAGGGAGGGACUCUGCCACUUUUGAGGCUGGGUCAUAGGCAGCUGGCGGUGUCUCCGUGCGGGUGACCAAUCUUUGUGGUUGGGAAAUGCGUCGUGGGCGCCCGUGAGCUCGUUUGCCUUUGAGAUUAAAUAGGAAAUUUUCCCAGCACGAGUUUACAGGAGCACCUUGGGAGUUGGUUUUUGGCUUGGAGAGCUGCUUUUCCCCCUAGACCUAGAACUGCUUUGUUUUUCUUUAUUAUAUUUUUUGAGAUGAGAUCUCACAAUGUUGCCCAGGCAGGUGUCAAACUCCUGGCCUUAAGCGAUCCUCCCGCCUUGCCCUCCUAGAGUGCUGGGAUUAUGGGCGUGAGCUAUCGGGCGGCUUUAACUGCUGUUAAAGAGUCUGUUCCUUAAAAUUGCUGUACCAAGAAACUUGCCAGAGAUGCAAGAAAAUGUGAUUAUAUUGUUAAUAUUUAAUGAUAAAUAACAUUUUGCUUUUAAGAAUUACUGAUUCAUAUCCACAGGAUUAAGUAAUGUUCAGGAUUUGAAUUUUUAAUGACCUUCCAAGCAGUCAUGUUUCUGCUCUCUAGAAGUUAGCCAGUUGAGGAGAAGGGACAGUCAAGAUACUUUCAAUACAGUGUGGUAAGGAGUGUGAGCUAAGAUGGAGCACUGAGGAAGGAACCGGGCAUUUAGGCCAUGCUCUUGAGUGUGGAGCCUGGAAGGGAUCAGGGAAUACUUUCUGCAUGUGUCUUGAAGAAUGAGUAACAUUCAGACUAACAGGGUGGAGUGAGGGAGAGGGGGGAACCAAAGGAGAGGAGGCCAGUAAGUACAAGGAGGUGCUCAUUUAUUUAUUUAGAGAGAGGGUCUCACUUUGUCACCCAGGCUGGAGUACAGUGACACGAUCACGAGUCACUGAAGUCUCACCUGGCUGGGCUCAAGCGAUCCUCCCACUUCAGCCUCCCAAGUAGUUAAGACUUGAGAUGUGUGCCGCCACGCUCAGCUGAUUUUUAAAGAUUUUGUAAAGAUGUUAGUCUUGCUGUGUUGCCCAGGCUGGUCUCAAACUCCUGGACUCAAGCAAUCCUCCCGCCUCAAGUCUCCCAGAAUGCUGAAAUUACAGGCGUCAGCUACUGAGCCUGGAGUGUCAUUAUUAAAGUGAAAAAGUACAGGGCAGAGAUGUAGGAGCUUAGGCUUUAUCUGAUGGUGACAGAACCAGGGAAGGGUUUUUAGCUGGGUCCUCGUGUGGUUAAAAUGGGUCUCUCUGGCUGGGCGUGGUGGCUCAUGCCUGUAAUCCCAGCACUUUGGAAAGCCGAGGCAGGUGGAUCACGAGGUCAGGAGUUUGAGACCAGCCUGACCAACAUGGUGAAACCCCCGUCUCUACUAAAAACACACAAAUUAGCUGGGCAUGGUGGCUCCUGCUUGUAAUCCCAGCUACUCAGGAGGCUGAGGCAGGAGAAUUGCUUGAACCUGGGAGACAGAGGUUGUGGUGAGCUGAGAUCACGCCAUUGCACUCCAGCCUGGGCAACAAGAGCGAAACUCCAUCUCAAAAAAAAAAAAGUAACCAAACGAGACCAGGAGUGGCCAUGUGUUAGGCAAAAUAAGUUUUAAGCCAAAAAUGGUUAUGAGAGACAAGGGAAUUCUAUACUGAUAAGAAGUUUAAUCCAACAAGAAGAUAUAAUAAUUUAAAACAUAUAUGCCCCUAACAACAGAGCACCACAACAUAUUAAGUAAAAAAGGAUAGAAUUGAAGGGAGAAAUAGAGUUUCCUGACAAUCAUUGGCAACCUCACUACCUCAAUGUUAAUAAUACAGAGACCAGAUCAAUAGGAAAGAGCACUUGAACAACAUGAUAAUCCAAUUAGAUCUAAUGGACAUAUACAGACACUGACCCAACAACAGCAAAAUACACAUUCUUUUCAAGAGCAUGUGGGAUAUUGUCCAGAGUAUACAGUGUAUUAGGCUGCAAAACAAAUAUUAAUGUUUUAAAAGUUUGAAAGUAGGCAAAGUGCUAAGUAUUUUAUAAUCAUGAUGGAAUGAAACUAGAAAUCAGUAAAAGGAAAACUUGAAAACUCACAACUGUAUGGAAAGUAAACACUCUUAAUCACUGGUUGAAGAUGAAAUCAUACAGGAAAUUAGAAAACACUUUGAGAUGAAUGAAAAUGAAAACACAACAUACCAGAACUUAUGGGAUGCAGUUAAAGCAGCGUUCAGACGGAAAUGUAUAGCUGUAAGCAUCUACCUUUAAAAAUAAGAAAGCCAGGAGUGGUGGCUCAUGCCAACAUCCCAGUAUUUUGGGAGGCCAAAGUGGGAGGAUCACCUGAGGUCAGGAGUUCAAGACCAGUCUAACCAACAUGGCAAAAGCCCAUCACUACUAAAAAUACAAAAAUUAGCCAGGCAUGGGCCGGGUGCGGUGGCUCAAGCCUGUAAUCCCAGCACUUUGGGAGGCCGAGACGGGCGGAUCACGAGGUCAGGAGAUUGAGACCAUCCUGGCUAACACGGUGAAACCCCGUCUCUACUAAAAAUACAAAAAAUUAGCCUGGCGUGUUGGCGGGCGCCUGUAGUCCCAGCUACUCGGGAGGCUGAGGCAGGAGAAUGGCGUGAACCCGGGAGGCGGAGCUUGCAGUGAGCCGAGAUUGUGCCACUGCACUCCAGCCUGGGGGACAGAGAAAGACUCCGUCUCAAAAAAAAAAAAAAAAAAAAAAAAAAUUAGCCAGGCAUGGUGAUGCAGGCCUGUAAUCCCAGCUACUUGGGAGGCUGGGGCAGGAGAAUCACUUGAACUUGGGAGAGGGAGGUUGCAGUUAGCCGAGAUCGCACCACUGCAUUCCAGCCUGGGUGACAGUGAGACUCUAUCUCAAAAAAAAAAAAAAAAUCAAUAAAAAUAAAAAAGAAAGAUCUCAAAUCAGUCACUUAACUAUACACUUUAAAGGAUCUAGAAAAAAGAAGAGGUAACCCCAACCUAGCAGAACACAAGAAACAAAGAUUAGAGUGGAAAUAAAUAAAGGAAAAUCAGAGAAUAGGUAAAAUUAAAAGUUUUUUACAGGUCAGCAAAAUUGACAAAUUUUUAGCUAGAUUGACUACGAAACAAAAGAAGACUCAAAUAGCCAAAAUCAGAAAUGAAAAUGAGGGCAUUACUGUGACUUUACAGCAAUUAAGGUGAUUAUAAGAGAAUAGUAUAAACAUAUGUACACUAGCAAAUUGAAUAACCAAAUGAAAUGGCAAAUCUCUAGAAACACAAACCUACCAAGACUGAAUCACAAAGAAAAAAUAUGGGUAAACCGGCCAGGCGCAGUGGCUCAGGCCUGUAAUCCCAGCACUUUGGGAGGCCAAGGUGGGCGGAUCACCUGAGAUCAGGAGUUCAAGACCAGCCUGACCAACAUGGUGAAACCCUGUCACUACUAAAAAUACAAAAAUAAGCUGGGCGUGGUGGCACGUGCCUGCAAUCACAGUAACUCAGGAGGCUGAGGCAGGAGAAUCAGUUGAACCGGGAGGUGGAGGUUGCAGUGAGCUGAGAUCGCACCAUUGCACUCCAGCCUGGGGGACAAGAGUGAGACUUCAUCUCAAAAAAAAAAAAGAAAAAGAAAAUAUGGGUAAACCUGUAACUAGUAAGAAGAUUAAAUUACCAAUUAAAAUCUUCCCAACAAAGAAAUACUCUUGACUGGAUGGCUUUACCAGUGAAUUCUACCAGACAUUGUUUUUUUUUUUUUUUUUUUUUUUGAGACGGAGUCUAGCUCUGUCACCCAGGCUGGAGUGCAGUGGCGCGAUCUCCGCUCACUGCAAGCUCCGCCUCCCAGGUUCACGCCAUUCUCCUGCCUCAGCCUCCCGAGUAGCUAGGACUACAGGUGCCCGCCACCACGCCCGGCUAAUUUUUUUGUACUUUUACUAGAGACAGAGUUUCACCGUGUUAGCCAGGAUGGUCUCAAUCUCCUGACCUUGUGAUCCGCCCGCCUCGGCCUCCCAAAGUGCUGGGAUUACAGGCUUGAGCCACUGCGCCCAGCCUCUACCAGACGUUGAAAGGAAAAAUUAAUGCCAAUCCUUUGCAAAGUAUUUAAAAAACUUGAAGAGGAGGAAAUACUUUCUUUUUUUGGUUUGUUUUGAGAUGGAGUCUGGCUCUGUCCUCCAGGCUGGAGUGCAGUGGCGCGAUCUCGGCUCACUGCAAGCUCCGCCUCCCGGGUUCACGCCAUUCUUCUGCCUCAGCCUCCCGAGUAGCUGGGACUACAGGCGCCUGCCACAACGGCCGGCUAAUUUUUUGUAUUUUUAGUAGAGGCGGGGUUUCACCGUGUUCCACAGGAUGAUCUCUAUCCCCUGACCUCGUGAUCCGCCCGCCUUGGCCUUCCAAAGUGCUGGGAUUACAGGCACGAGCCACCGCACCCGGCCGAGGAGGAAAUACUUUCUAACUCAUUCUAUGAGGACAGUGUUGCCUUGAUACUAGGGCCAGACAAAGGCAGUACAAGAAAACAGCUGAUCAAUGUUGCUUUUGAACACUGAUAAAAAAAAUUCUCAAGAAAACACUGCUGGCUGGGUGUGGUGGCUCACGCCUGGAAACCCAGCACUUUGGGAGGCCAAAGCGGGUGAAUCACGAGGUCAGGAGUUCGAGACCAGCCUGGUCAAGAUGGUGAAACCCUGUCUCUCCUAAAAAUAAAGAAAAUUAGCUAGGCGUGGUGGUGGGUGCCUGUAACCCCAGCUGCUUGGGAGGCUGCGGCAGGGGAAUCGCUUGAAUCCGGGAGGCGGAGGUGGCUGUGAGCCGAGAUUGCGCCACUGCACUCCAGCCUGGGCAACAGAGUGAGACUUCAUCUCAAAAAAAAAAAAAAAAAAAAAAGAAGAAGAAAAAAGAAAA